CACAACGGAUAUAACAGAGCAUGCCCUGGAAACUCUCAAGCAGAGUAAGAUAAAAAACGUUAUACUAGUUGGUCGGCGUGGUCCUUUGCAAAUAUCUUUUACUGCAAAAGAGCUUCGAGAGAUGUUUCAGCUACCGAAUACUCGAUUUCAUACCGAUGUUGACUUAUUAAAGGAAGAAUUCUCCAAUCACGCUGGGUACAUAUCAACAAUUCGUUCUCUUAAAAGAUUGACUCAGAUUCUCGAAAAGGGUAUCUACAAUGUUGAGGGCGAUAAGUCUUGGACUCUCAAAUUUUUGCGAAGCCCAACCGCCUUUGUUGCUGACAAUGAUUCUCAAACACAAUUUGUGAAGGCAGCGGAAUUUAGCGUGAAUAGACUCGAGGGGGACGUCCGUUCGGCUGUUGCAGUACCUACUGGAGAAGUAGAGACCAUAGAAACCGGUUUAGUAAUCAAGAGUGUUGGUUAUAGAAGUCUUCCAGUUGAGGGUAUUCCGUUUGAUAAAGACCGUGGCUUGGUUUAUAAUGAGAGAGGGAAAAUCACAGACUCGAAUGGGGAAGAGGUGAGAUUGAAUUGGAAUAGCUCAUUGUUCUGGAAAUUUGUUGAAAUUAAUCCUAUUGCCUUCAAUCGCUUUGUUGACAAGUUACCGGGAAUGUAUGUCGCAGGCUGGCUGAAACGCGGAGCUACGGGCGUAAUAGCAGCGACAAUGUACGACGCGUUUGAAACUGCAGAGGUCAUUAUUUCAGAUCUCCAGUCCAAUAAGCCCAUGUUGAAUGGUGUUGCCAGUAGCAAAAAACCAGGCGCGACAGCAAUACUGCCAUUGCUUGCUCAGAGAGGCAUUAGGACAGUAUCCUACAAGGAUUGGAAGAAGAUAGAGGCUAGAGAAAGCGAGCUUGGGCAACAAAAGGGCAAACCGCGAGAAAAAUUAGCUAAAAUUGAGGAAGUCCUAAAAAUAUUGGACGAAUGA